CGUGCCGGGCUGGGCUGGGCACGGCGGAGCGCUCCCGCGGCGGGCACGGCAGCAGCACAGCAGCCCCUUCCCAGCCCACAGCACCCAAGGGACCGCGGCCACCGCGGCCACCCCGCGCCGCCCCGGCCAUGAGGUCGGGCCGGAGAGACGCCACCUGUACGGGGAGGUGAGCGGAGCCCCGGCGCCUUCCUCCGACCCCCGGGCAGCCACAGCGGCGGGGAAGCGCAGGGGGUGGAGGAAGGAAAAGGGAUAUUUUUUUUUUCUUUUUCGUUUUAUUAUAUAUCGAUCUAUUUUUGCCGCGAUCGAUCCCGAUCCCGCAACUGAAGCCCCCGGAGGGAGAAGUGCUGCGCGCUGUGAUGCGUCUUCCUCUCGCCUCGGCUGCCAGUUUGGAUUGUAGCGCCCGGCUCCGUGCACUGCGAGGAUGGCUCGGUUUGGGGAUGAUCUGCCAACCCGCUAUGGAGGUGGAGGGCCGGCCGGGGCUGGAAGAGGGAGCAGCCGGCAAGGUGGCCCCCAAGCCGGCCAAAGGAUGUAUAAACAGUCGAUGGCUCAGAGAGCCAGGACUAUGGCUCUCUACAACCCCAUCCCUGUCAAACAGAACUGCUUCACAGUCAACAGAUCCCUCUUCAUCUUCAGUGAAGAUAAUGUUAUACGGAAAUACGCCAAGCGAAUAACAGAGUGGCCUCCAUUUGAAUACAUGAUUUUAGCUACAAUCAUAGCCAAUUGUAUUGUGCUGGCUCUGGAACAACAUUUGCCGGAUGGAGACAAGACACCGAUGUCAGAGAGAUUGGACGACACCGAGCCGUACUUUAUUGGAAUAUUUUGUUUUGAAGCUGGUAUCAAAAUCAUCGCUCUGGGCUUUGUUUUUCACAAAGGCUCUUACCUGCGCAACGGCUGGAACGUGAUGGAUUUCGUCGUGGUCCUCACAGGGAUUCUGGCGACUGCUGGGACAGAUUUUGACCUGCGGACCCUGCGAGCCGUGCGGGUGCUGCGGCCGCUGAAACUCGUGUCGGGAAUCCCAAGCCUGCAGGUCGUCCUCAAGUCCAUCAUGAAGGCCAUGGUGCCCCUGCUGCAGAUUGGGCUGCUCCUCUUCUUCGCCAUCGUGAUGUUUGCCAUCAUUGGGCUGGAGUUUUACAUGGGCAAAUUCCAUAAAACCUGCUUUUCCAACGAGACAGGGACCACGUGCAGGGAGUACUGGCAGGGCCCCAACUACGGCAUCACCAACUUUGACAACAUCCUCUUCGCUGUGCUCACCGUCUUCCAGUGCAUCACCAUGGAGGGCUGGACCGACAUCCUCUACAACACAAAUGACGCUGCAGGAAAUACCUGGAACUGGCUUUACUUCAUCCCUCUCAUCAUCAUUGGCUCUUUCUUCAUGCUCAACUUGGUGCUGGGCGUCUUAUCAGGUGAAUUUGCCAAGGAGCGGGAGCGGGUGGAGAACCGCCGGGCGUUCCUGAAGCUCCGCAGGCAGCAGCAAAUCGAGCGGGAGCUCAACGGAUACCUGGAGUGGAUCUUCAAAGCAGAGGAGGUGAUGCUGGCCGAGGAGGACAAGAACGCGGAGGAGAAGUCCCCUCUGGACGUGUUGAAAAGAGCCGCAAUAAAGAAGAGCAAAAACGACCUGAUUCAUGCAGAAGAAGGUGAGGACCAUUUCACAGACAUUUGCUCCGUUGGGUCUCCCUUUGCCCGCGCCAGUUUGAAGAGCGGCAAGAACGAGAGCUCGUCCUACUUCAGGAGGAAAGAGAAGAUGUUCCGCUUCUUCAUCCGGCGCAUGGUGAAGGCUCAGAGCUUCUACUGGGUCGUGCUCUGCGUGGUGGCCCUCAACACCCUCUGUGUGGCCAUGGUGCACUAUGACCAGCCUGAGAAGCUGACCACUGCUCUCUAUUUCGCAGAGUUUGUUUUCCUGGGGCUGUUCCUCACUGAGAUGUCCUUGAAGAUGUAUGGGCUGGGGCCAAGGAAUUAUUUCCACUCUUCAUUCAACUGCUUUGACUUUGGGGUGAUCGUGGGCAGCAUUUUUGAGGUCAUUUGGGCCGCAGUGAAGCCGGGAACCUCCUUUGGCAUCAGCGUCCUGCGAGCCCUGAGGCUGCUGAGGAUCUUCAAAGUGACAAAGUACUGGAAUUCCCUGAGGAAUCUGGUGGUGUCCUUGCUGAAUUCCAUGAAAUCCAUCAUCAGUUUGCUUUUCCUGCUGUUCCUGUUCAUCGUGGUCUUUGCUCUGCUGGGGAUGCAGCUCUUCGGAGGACAGUUCAAUUUCCAAGAUGAAACUCCAACCACCAAUUUCGACACCUUCCCUGCUGCCAUCCUCACAGUCUUCCAGAUCCUGACAGGGGAGGACUGGAAUGCUGUGAUGUACCACGGGAUAGAGUCACAGGGCGGCGUCCACUCGGGAAUGUUCUCCUCCAUCUACUUCAUCGUCCUCACCCUGUUUGGUAACUACACCCUCCUGAACGUCUUCCUGGCCAUCGCCGUGGACAACCUGGCCAACGCCCAGGAGCUGACCAAGGACGAGGAGGAGAUGGAGGAAGCCACCAACCAGAAGCUGGCCCUGCAGAAGGCCAAGGAGGUGGCCGAAGUCAGCCCCAUGUCGGCGGCCAACAUCUCCAUAGCUGCCAAGCAGCAGAAUUCCUCCAAAUCCAAGUCGGUUUGGGAGCAGAGGACGAGCCAGAUCCGGAUGCACAACUUCCGAGCCAGCUGCGAGGCCCUGUACAACGAGCUGGACCCCGAGGAGCGCUGGAAGGUUCCCUACGCCCGCCACCUGCGCCCGGACAUGAAGACACACCUGGACCGGCCGCUGGUGGUGGAGCCCCGCAGCGAAGGCAGGAACAACAUCACCAAGCUGAGCCCCGUGGAUGUCCAGGAGGUGGUGGAGCACCCCAAAGCCACCUCUGCUGAUGGGGCAGAAGCGCCACGGAAGCACCACCGGCACCGGGAGAAGGAGAAGCCGGGAGAGCAGGAGAAGGGAGACGUGACCAAGGAUGAGAGCGGUGAAACCGGGCCGGCCAACAAGGAGGAGCGGCACAGGCAGCACCGCAGCCGCAGCAAGGAGGUGGAAGGGGGCAGCAAGGAAGGGAAAAGCGACCGUAGCAGGGGGCAGGAAGGGGGGAAGAGGCACCACCGGCGGGGCUCAGUGGAGGAAGGGGCCGAGAAGGAGCAUCGCAGGCACCGCAGCCACCGGCACUCCUCAGACCGGCCGGGCAAGGAGGGCAACGGCACCGCCAACGGCGGCCGGGGCGAGCGGCGCUCCCGGCACCGCGGAGGGUCCCGCUCCGGGAACAGGGAUGGAGAACCCUCGGCCAAGGGGGAGAACGGAGAGGAGCCCCACCGGCGGCACCGGCUCAGGAACAGGGCCCUGUCCACCUAUGAGUCCGUGGAGAAGGACAGCGGGGAGAAGGAAGGGGAGGCUGGAGAGAAGGAGCACCGGAAUCACCAGCCCAAGGAGAACCAGUGUGAGCUGGAGGCCAGUGGCAGUGGCAGUGGCCCUGGCACUGUCCCUGUGCACACCCUGCCCAGCACGUACCUGCAGAAGGUGCCUGAGCAGCCCGAGGAUGCCGACAACCAGAAGAACGUGACGAGGAUGAUUCAGCCCCCCCUGGACAAAACCACCACUGUGAACAUCCCUGUCACCAUCACUGCCCCUCCAGGGGAAACCACUGUCAUUCCAAUGAACAACGUGGAGUUUGAAAGCAAAACAGAGGAGAAGAAAGACGUCGAUGACCUGACGAAAAAUGGGCCUAAACCAAUCCUGCCUUACAGCUCCAUGUUCAUCCUCAGUCCCACAAACCCGAUCCGGCGCCUGUUCCACUACAUCGUCAACCUGCGCUACUUUGAGAUGGUGAUCCUGAUCGUCAUCGCCCUCAGCAGCAUCGCCCUGGCUGCAGAGGAUCCUGUCCAGGCUGAGUCUCCCAGGAAUGAUGCUCUGAAAUACCUGGAUUAUAUAUUUACAGGAGUCUUCACCUUUGAGAUGGUGAUCAAGAUGAUUGACUUGGGGCUGCUGCUCCACCCUGGCUCCUACUUCCGUGACCUGUGGAAUAUCCUGGACUUCAUUGUGGUCAGUGGGGCCUUGGUGGCUUUUGCCUUCUCAGGAACCAAGGGCAAGGACAUCAACACCAUCAAGUCCCUGCGAGUCCUGCGUGUGCUCAGGCCCCUGAAGACCAUAAAACGGCUGCCAAAACUAAAGGCCGUCUUUGACUGCGUGGUGAACUCCCUGAAGAACGUCCUCAACAUCCUCAUCGUUUACAUGCUCUUCAUGUUCAUCUUCGCCGUCAUCGCCGUGCAGCUCUUCAAGGGCCGCUUCUUCUACUGCACAGACGAGUCCAAGGAGCUGGAGAAGGACUGCAGGGGUCAGUACCUCGAUUAUGAAAAAAAUGAGGUGGAGGCACAGCCCAGGGAAUGGAAAAAAUACGAAUUCCACUACGACAACGUGCUCUGGGCUCUGCUCACACUCUUCACCGUGUCCACAGGGGAAGGGUGGCCAACUGUGCUGAAGCACUCGGUGGAUGCCACCUACGAGGAACAGGGGCCCAGCCCUGGCUACCGGAUGGAAAUGUCCAUCUUUUACGUGGUGUAUUUUGUUGUCUUCCCUUUUUUCUUUGUCAACAUCUUUGUGGCGUUAAUCAUCAUCACCUUCCAGGAGCAAGGAGAUAAAGUGAUGUCAGAGUGCAGCCUCGAGAAAAACGAGAGGGCCUGCAUAGACUUUGCCAUAAGUGCCAAGCCCCUGACCCGCUACAUGCCUCAGAACAAGCAAUCCUUCCAGUACAAGAUGUGGAAAUUCGUGGUGUCCCCUCCCUUUGAGUAUUUUAUCAUGGUCAUGAUUGCUCUCAACACCAUCGUCCUCAUGAUGAAGUUCUAUGAUGCUCCAGAAGCUUAUGAAGAAAUGCUAAAAUGCCUGAAUAUUGUGUUUACAUCCAUGUUUUCCAUGGAAUGUGUGCUGAAGAUCAUUGCCUUUGGUGUGCUGAAUUAUUUCCGAGAUGCCUGGAAUGUCUUUGAUUUUGUAACAGUGUUGGGAAGUAUUACUGAUAUUUUAGUAACAGAGAUUGCGGACACGGACAACUUCAUCAACCUCAGCUUCCUGCGGCUCUUCCGGGCAGCCAGGCUCAUCAAACUGCUCCGCCAGGGCUACACCAUCCGCAUCCUGCUCUGGACCUUCGUGCAGUCCUUCAAGGCCUUGCCUUAUGUGUGUCUCCUCAUUGCAAUGCUCUUCUUCAUCUAUGCCAUUAUUGGCAUGCAGGUAUUUGGGAAUAUUGCCUUAGAUGAUGAAACCUCCAUUAAUCGGCACAACAACUUCCGGACCUUCCUCCAAGCCCUGAUGCUCCUGUUCAGGAGCGCUACAGGGGAAGCCUGGCACGAGAUCAUGUUGUCCUGCUUGAGCAACAGAGCCUGUGACCCCCUCUCUGGCCUCACCAAAAAGGAAUGUGGCAGUGAUUUUGCCUAUUUCUACUUUGUGUCGUUCAUUUUCCUCUGCUCCUUCCUGAGAUCUCUGUUUUCUUGUCUGCUUUCCCUUCUCUCUCUCCCUCCUCCUUUUCAUUUGCUCCAUUGUGUUGCCUUUUCCCCCACCCCUUCCCCGUUUUCCCCGCCUCAAUCCGAUGGGAUUUCUGUGUCCUGGUGCUUUUGCCUCCAUCCCUGUGGUCCCAGCGGGCGCAUCAGUUACACAGACAUGUAUGAGAUGCUGAGACACAUGUCCCCACCUCUAGGCCUUGGGAAGAAAUGCCCAGCUCGUGUUGCCUAUAAGCGCCUGGUGAGGAUGAACAUGCCCAUCUCUCCUGAGGAUUUAACUGUGCACUUCACCUCCACGCUGAUGGCCCUGAUCCGCACGGCCCUGGAGAUCAAACUGGCCUCAGGAGGUGUGAAGCAGCACCAGUGUGAUGCUGAGCUGAGGAAGGAGAUCUCGCUGGUCUGGCCCAACCUGUCCCAGAAGACUCUGGAUUUGCUGGUGCCUCCUCACAAACCUGAUGAAAUGACUGUGGGGAAGGUCUACGCAGCCCUGAUGAUAUUUGACUUCUACAAGCAGAAUAAGAACAGCAGGGAGCAAGUCCAGCCCCCUGGGGGCCUGUGCCAGCCCGGGCCUGUGUCCCUCUUCCACCCCUUGAAGGCCACCCUGGAGCAGACGCAGCCCGCGGCCUUCAACAACGCCAAGGCCUUCCUGCGCCAGAAGAGCUCGGCCUCCCUCAACAACGGGGGAGCCCUGCCACCCCCGGAGGGAGGGAUCAAAGAGUCCAGUUCCUGGGGGACCCAGCGCACCCAGGACGUGUUCUAUGAAACCAGGAGCCCAGCUUUUGAGCGGGGCCACUCCGAGGAGAUCCCCAUUGAGAGGGUGGUAGAAAUGAAGGAGAUCAGCCCCACAGUUGCCAACGGAGAGCCCCAGCCAGGCCUGGAGAGCCAGGGCAGGGCGGCCUCCAUGCCACGGCUGGCUGCUGAAACCCAGCCCAUCCCGGACACGAGCCCCAUGAAGCGCUCGGUCUCCACGCUGACCCCGCAGCGCCCUCACCCCAUGCACCUCUACGAGUAUUCCUUGGAGCGGAUGCCUCCGGAGCAGGGCCACCACCACCACCACCACCGCUGCCACCGGCGGAAAGAGAAGAAGCAGAAGUCCUUGGACAGGGCCGCCCAUCACUUGGCUGAUGGCCAAGCUGUAGCCCAGUCUGGAGAGUCUUCCAAGGACAAGAAGCAGGAGCGUGGCCGCUCCCAGGAGAGGAAGCAGCACUCCUCCUCCUCCUCUGAAAAGCAGCGCUUCUACUCCUGCGACCGCUACGGCAGCCGGGACCGUGCCCAGCCCAAAUCUGCUGACCAGAGCAGGCCCACCUCCCCCAACGGGGGCCCCGAGCACGGCCCGCACAGACAGGGCAGUGGUUCAGUUAAUGGGAGCCCCUUGCUGUCGACAUCUGGUGCUAGUACCCCCUGCCGGGGUCGGAGGCAGCUCCCACAGACUCCACUGACCCCACGCCCCAGCAUCACUUACAAGACCGCUAACUCCUCGCCCGUGCACUUCACCACUUUCCAAACCCCCACGUUCUCCCCGGGCCGCCUGAGCCGCGGGCUGUCCGAGCACAACGCGCUGCUGCGGGGGGAGCAGCAGCCGCCCCCGCCCGCCGUGGCCCGCAUCGGUUCCGACCCCUACCUGGGCCACCGCGACGCCAGCGACAGCCCGCAGCGCGCCGUGCCCGAGGACACGCUCACCUUCGAGGAGGCCGUGGCCACCAACUCGGGCCGCUCCUCGAGGACUUCCUACGUCUCCUCCCUGACCUCGCAGUCGCACCAAAUCCGCCGGGUGCCCAAUGGGUACCACUACACGCUGGGGCUCAACUCGGGCCCCGGCGCCCGAGGACGCAAUUACUACCACGAAGCCGACGAGGAUGACUGGUGCUAGCGGCUCGGCGGAACGCUGCGAGGUGUGCGUGCUUAAUAAGGAUGAGUUUUAUCAUCUGGAGGGCUGGGAGCUCCCACGGGGGCCCGGGGCCGGAGAAAGCCGGCGGGGCAGCCCCGAGAACUGCUCAGCGCCCGGGGCCGGAGAUGCCCCUGCAGCCUCUCUCUCCUCUGUUGUUCUUUAGGUUUUUUUUCCUUUUUGAUUUGGUUUUUUUUGCACUAGACAGAUGGAGGAAGAAGGCUCCCUCCUUCUGGGGAAGGCAGAGGGAGGAGCACAUCCCUCUCUGCCCCCUCCCCACUGCCUUGUCUAGUCCCGAGACACGCACCAGGCGCCAACCCAGCCACGGAUGCGAGGCGCCGGGAGAAGAGCGAUCCUCGCCUUCCACGGUGGAAAAGCAGAACUGUGGGUCCUUCUUGAGAUUGGCGCAGUUUUGUUGGGCUAUUUCUUAAUUAAUUCACCGUCAUAAUUCCCCCCUGCCAGGGCGGGAGCCGGGGGUCGCGAAGGGACUCGCGUGAACAAUGCUCGCCCCCGCCUUCUGCCUCGUUGAGCGCUGAGAAGGAAGAGAUGCACCCCAGAAACUGGGAGAGGAGAAACACAGCCCAGAACAAAGGACAGUCCUUUGGGACUUGAUGUUCAGCCACUGCAAUCCUUUAGGGCAGAGCUGGUGCCACCCCCGAGCUGACCCUGCUGUGACACCGCUGCCCUGGGGGUCUCUAAAUGUCACUCGCCACAUCGGGUCCUUCACACUGACACACGGUAAAGCCACAAGAGAGCUCCUUUGUAAGGACUGUUUCCUUGCUGCUGAGACUUUUCAAUCCAUCCCUCUCUCCUGUUGACUGCAACACGCCCUCACUGUUUUGUCUUGUUUACAAUAUAAGCUUGAUUUAGCAAAAAACAAUGUAAAAAAAAAAAAAAGUCCACAAAAAAAACAAACAACAAACAACCCAAACAAAAAGAGGAAAAAAAAAAAAAAGCGUAGGGGUGAGAAGAAGAAAUGUUAUUGGUUUUAUAUCAAGCUAUUAGAUAGAACUUUAACUUUUCAUUGUGUGCAUUUUUGUAAAUUGUACAGUAAAAAAAAAACCAAAAAAAAAAAAAAAAAGAAAAAAAUUUCCUCUUUCUGUAGAGAAUUAGUCCAAUUGUCAUUCCAGGUCCCACCGUUUCUACCGAAUGCUCCAGUUGUUCACUACUAAGUGCCUAACCUUUGAAAUCUUUCACAGUGACGAUGCAACCUCUUGCUUGGAGGCAUCAGAGCUCGGGCGAGCGUGGGGCGGGCAGAGGGGGCAGGGGCCGAGCAGCCGGAGCCUCGGAGGGGCCCUGGGGUCACCACGGCCCCCACACUCCUCCCCAGGCCGGCAGCUUCCAGUGGGGAAGGCAAACGUGCUUUGGGCUUGGUUUGGGUUUUGUUGGCCUUUUACUUUUUUUUUAUUUUUAAUUUAUUUUUAUUUAUUUUAUUUUUUAGAAUCUAUAAAUAUAUAUAUAUAAAUAUACUUUUAUGGGUGGGAGGGGAGCGGUUGCAGCAAACAAAGCCGGCCUUGUCUCAUUGCCCAGUGGAGGAAAUGAAGGUGGGAAAGGGCAGCAUCUCCCACAGGCCAGCUGAGAGAGCUCAGGCCAUGCAUCACUGGCGUGGAGGGCAGUUGGAGUGGGUUGUUUUUAUUGCCUGAUAAGAGAAGGUUAAAAAGAAAAAAAAGAUGAUAAUGAUAAUAAUAAUAAUAAUAAUAAUCCAAACCUCUAACUCUGAUUCUCAGGGAUGAGAUUUCUGCGUUUCUUGCAACGACUCUUGUGUUGGCUGGUUUCUUUCUUUUGUGCCCGUGUGGAUUCCUGCACUGUGAGCCUGGGAAAGGGGCAAACGCGCUGUGCUGGCGGGGAGGGAGGCUGGGGACAAAGCUCGGCCAUGACCUCGUGCCCAAGGCCCUGCUGAGCCCUUGUGGGGCUGGUUUGGGUCACAGGGCAGCCAGAGGAUGUGGAGAGGUUAAAAGGUGAAAGGAGGAAGGGAGGGAGGUGCUGGGCACAUCCCUAAAAAUGCCACUAGGAAAGAGGAUAGGGUUUGAGAAGUGAAUUUUUUCAGAGGUUCUACCAAGCCCCAGAGCUGUGGAACUUCUCCAGGCGCAGCGGUGGCGUGGGAUGGGUGGAAAUCCCGCUGGCCCUGGUGAUCUGUUCUGUCCCUGGGGUGCUUGGAGGGGAUCAGAUGCCACCAAAACGCUCAGGAGCUCUCUCGUGCUCUCAGCAGAGUCUGUCAGCCUCAGGCAGGAGCAGUCUGCUCUAGGGUGGUUCUUCACAUCUCCUGUAGCUCUUCCCUUGAGGAAACUCAACCCGCUUUUGUUCCCUCCGGUGUUUUGUUUUAAUUUCGUUCUGUUCAGUAGCAAUCUCUGGCCAAUCUCAUCCCUGGAUUCUGCUAAAGGCUAACUCCUGUCUGUAUCUCUGUCUCUGUACUCGUGUGCGCUCGGAAUAAAGGCAGUGUGGUAGCCAGA